AUGGCCAGGAUCCGGAGGCGCCGGCCAACUCCAGCUACCCUGGUUCUGAGCAGCGACCAGUCGUCCCCAGAAAUCGACGAGGACCGGCUCCCCAACCCAUUGCUGAAGCCGGGUCUGUCCAUGUCACCCAGACAAAGGAAGAAGGUCCCCCGCACGACCCCCGCCAUGAAAGAGCUCCAGAUGAUGGUGGAGCACCACCUGUGCAAGCAGCAGGCGGAGGAGGAGGAUGCCAGCAUGGGGAGCCAGGAGCCACACAGCCCUGGGUGCUGCCACCACGGUAACACAGACCCCAGCCACAGCCCCGGGGGAACCUGUCCCCUUGCCCAGGCCAAGACCAGGCUGGAGUCUCAGGAGGGUAACCAUGCUGGACCAGACGGGAGUCCUGCUCUGACCACUAAACCUGACCACCCACAUCCCGCUCUCUGACACCGUCAAGCACGGAUAGGCAUUAGCCGCCUCUUCUAUCUUCUUCCUGUGUUAACCCUGUUAC